GAAAGGAAUUAAUUUCUACCAACCAUAGCCCUCCUCCUCGACCUCUUAUCGUGAUCGGGAGCGAACAUACCAUCGCCAAAUAAAUUUUGAAUUACACUGGACUAUUUCAAAUUACAGUAAAUUGCGCAAAAGGCCAAAGCCAAUCAAUAUAAGAACAAUUAAAAGUAAAACGUGGGAGCCCUACAUAUUUUCUUUGUAAUUAUACAAUUAUCGGUAGGUAUCUAAUUAGGUGGUAAUUAUCUCCUUGCGAGCCUCUUCAAGGGACGUCGGCUAUCAGUCGCAUUGUCUCACAAGCUGUAAAGCAUGAAGGUUCCCCUACAUGUUGUACGUGACGGCGUUAAGUGGUUGAUGUUGCCAACAAAAGUGCUGGCACAGACCGUAUCAGCAUGGCCCGAAGAUACCAACUGUUUCACGAUCACUUUCAACUGUUUCGUGUUGAUGAGUUAUUUCUUAUUUAUCUACGGAAAUAUUUAUUAUAUAAUGCGGGAUGAUGUCGGCUUAAGCGACGCUUGUAUUGCACUCAGUAAACUUUCUCUUAUGCUGGAGACUACAAUCAGAAGAAUAUUUAAUCUCUACCAAAAACGUCGCCUGUUAAAAGUCCUAAACGCCGUUUUCCACGAGUUUGACGCAUCGGACGUGGAGGGACCCGACGUCGAUUUGGAGUUAAGGAAAGAGUCAAAGCGGCUGUUUAUAUUUUGCGCCUUUUACAUUGCAUCCGCCCUGAUAUGCGGAAUGCAGUACAUUUCGACGACGAUCAUGUCGGGGAACGUGCCAAUGUUCACCUCUUUGCCGUACUCGAUCAACGAUAAUCCCCUGUACUUCGGCAUUUUUUACUGUUGGCAAAGCUUUUUCAUAUUCGAAGUCGCGGUGCAUAUAUGCACCACCGACAUAUUUUUCGCCUGUCUGCUGCACAAUUGCAUAGCGCAAUUUAAGUUGUUGCGCGUUCGAAUGUUAAACAAGUUUGAGGCAGCGCCCGACAAGAUGUUGUUCGUGGCGAAGUUUGUUCGACAACACCAGCACUUGAUCGAGGUGUGCCAGGAACUCAACAGCAUCUUCUCCUUCUUCAUUCUGCUGCAAUCGAUAAUUUUAACUGGAGCGCUCUGCCUGAGUAUGUUUAUUGCGACGGCGAUACCGGAGCUGGUGGUGAGCGCGUUUACGGACGUCACUGGUCAUCUCUGCCUAUUGUUGCUUUACUGCUACGUCGGCAACGAACUAUCAAUACACGCCUUGGAACUAUCGGACGCGGUCUACUUGAACGGAUGGCAUCUGUGCGAAACGGACAUUCCCACAAUGAAAGCCGUCGCGUUUAUGAUGGUCAGAUGCCAAAAGGUUGUCACAGUGUCAGCGGGGGGAUUUGGUAAUUUGACCUUAACCAACUUUAUGAAGACCUUGAAGUUCGCCUUCUCCGUGUAUACGUUAUUAAACGCCAUGUUGGAAAAGCAAAAGGCGGCGAUCUGAUUGGAUACUUUCAAAAACUUUGUCUUGUAGAUUAUAGCAUAUAGCGCGUCUGUUAUUUGUUGACAAUGUGUCCAAAUAUAAAUGCAUAUCUAUUUCACUUUGGUAGAACGAUUUCACAGGUUUAGAAUCAGUAACGCGGUGGGCUGGACACUACAUGAAAACUUUAUCCGGGCUGCACAAUGGGUUUGUAUAAAAAUACACACAAUUAAUUGAUUGACAAUGGCAAAAGUUUAUUCUGAAACACGUUAAACAAAAUUUCUGAAAAAACAUAAUAAAUCUCAACUAAGCUUCUUUUAGAAAACUUUACAAUGAGCAAGACCGACUGUCGAUUGUCAUACACAACGCGCACCUAAACAAAAAGCAACGAAUAUCGUCCACUGAGUUUCGGGAAAAGGUCCAUUCUUCCUGUGCAGGUGGGGAGUAUUCUAUACCCCCCAGAGCUACGUUCCCCGAAAAAGUUUAAAGUAAUGAGCAUGCUUAUGAUUAGCUUGUAGGGUUAAAGGUUCUUUUCCUGAGAGAUAUUCCAUACAAGGGUUUUGAUGGAUAAACGUUGUAGAAGCAUCGCUGGGUCUGGGGGAGCAAAUGCAACUUGUGCUUUUCCAGAAAACAACUGACGUGGUAGCAUUCGGACGUCCACCACCAAAAAAGCCUCCAUUUACGUCUUCCUCUGCUAUUUGAAACAUUGUUGGUGGUUGUGCUGGUGUUUUUAAUUUUGUUUCCUUUAUUGGGCGUUCACCGCUUUUCUCACUACUUUAAGUGUAUAAUUUAAAAGUUAACAAUCUUGUACUUAAUGCAUAAUUAUUAUCUUAUUAAUAUCUUAACUAAGUAUAUUGAACAUAAAUCUAACUUUAAAUGAU